CGAGAUCAAGGCAAUUUAAAGUUCAUACACGGUUGAAAACUUUGCGCCGUCACAACUGAAGCCGAGAGUCCAAGAACAACUCGUAUUCUUUGUUUAGGACACGAACGAUUAGAAGCAAUCUUUAUCCGGAAGGAAUAUUUAGCACGCUACAGGUGUUACGAGCCCAAGUAAACAACUGAAAUGAGGCCGCCGCUGCGAGGCGGCCGGGGACGUGACUCAGGAGGCCGAGGUAGCUUCGGCCGUGGUGGUGGUGGCCGUGGCUUUGGUGGUCGCGGAGGCGGUAGGGGCGGCUAUGCCGACGCGGGGCCGCCGGAGUCUGUCAUCGAGGCGGGCGCCUUCGCUCACGCAUGCGAAGGCGAAGCAGUCGUAAAGCUAACAAAUGAGAAGAUUCCCUAUUUCAACGCACCUAUCUUCUUGGAGAAUAAGACGCAAAUUGGCAAAGUCGAGGAGAUCCUUGGUCCCAUUAAUAACGUGUUCUUCACCAUCAAGAUGGCUGAAGGUGUAGUUGCAACAUCGUACAAGGCAGGCGACAAAUUCUACAUUGACCCUAUGAAGCUCCUGCCCCUGGAGCGUUUCCUGCCCAGGCCAAAGGGCGCAUCUACCCCUGGAGGGGGACGUGGCGGGGGCCGUGGCGGUGGCCGUGGUGGCCGCGACGGCGGGCGGGGUUUUGGUGGGCGGGGCGGCCGCGACGGCGGCGGCCGGGGCGGCUUUGGCGGCCGCGGCGGUGGCUUUGGCGGCCGCGGCGGCGGCUUUGGCGGUCGGGGCGGUGGUGGUUUCGGAGGCCGCGGCGGCGGUGGUUUCGGAGGCAGGGGCCGGGGCCGGGGUUAAUCGCACAGCCCCUUCACAUCGCGUGGGUUUCAGCAGCGGAUGAGUGCCCGGUGCCCAGCGCGGUUCGUGUGCUAGUGCCACCCAUCCCUGAGUGAUAUCCCCCUUCAUCUAGGGGAACGUCCCCCCUUCUCAACACGCACGCAGAGGGCGAUAAUGUGUAUGUAUACACCAUCUUCCUUAUUCCCCCGGCAAGGGCCGCACGCAUGCAUGCAGCUGCUCGCAGUGGUUAGCCUCUUUGCAAUCGCUGGCUGGCUGGCUGGCUUGUUGAGGAGAAACGUAACCCAACCAUGGCCUGUGAUUUCCCCGCCUCCAACGGUGCCCAUUUAAGGUCGUGUUUUACUGGCGUGUGUUGGGCUUUGAUCCUGGCGAUGAAGGUUGUGAGGGGGUAGCCCGGCCGCUCGAGUCUUGAGUGUCAGCAAGAGGAGCCCACUCAAGGGGGUGGGAAUGGCGGUUGGGAGGAGGCAGCAGCAUGGUAGGGGAGGGCGUCGCCCCGGGGAAGGAGGUGAGACACCGAAUUUUUCUGGGAGCCGUACAUGUCAUUAAUUAUGUGAAGAUAUUUCCACGGCUUGGGUUGGGAGCUGGGGCGGUGACGGCGGCACAGCAGCGGCAGUUGGAGUGCGGGGACGAUGGGGGAUAAAAGAGAAAGUAAAGUCCGGGGCGGGAUAUGCCGCGAGGG